AUGUCGCAAGCUAUGCCAGAGUUCACUUGGAUGGACGACUUCCAGUACGAUUUUGACUCGCACCGGAACUCGCUUAGCAGCGUCGGAAGCUACGAGCCUGAUUUGUUCGAGGUUCCGGAUGUGAUGGACGUGGCCCCUUCCUCUUCGCCUACCACCUCGCCGGAAGAGGAAAAGCCAGAGCUUGCUACCACAACAAAAACCCGUCGCCGGAGAAAAAGCACAACUGCCCGGUCGAAAAAGCCAAUGACAGUAACCCAGCGGAAGGCCCAUAAUAAAAUCGAGCGCAAAUACCGAAUCAACAUCAAUUCCAAAAUCGCAAACCUACAGAAACUGGUUCCCUGGAUGAGCAACGAGAUCGUAGCCUUUGAGAUCGAUGCCGCGGGUCCGGACCAUCUCCAAAGCCACGGGCUCGGUGGGAGGAAACUGAACAAGUCGAUGAUCCUCGACAUAGUCACCAAGUACGUUGAGCACCUCAAAUCCGACAACGAGGUUCUCAGGAAGCGGGUCUCCGAGCUAGAAGGACGCAACAAAGACAUUAAUAACAACACAUAG